ACGGGUGGAGCGGGGGUGGCCAAAGCCGAUGCAAGAUGCCAGUCUGCUCCAUUUGCAAGCAGCCUUCAUUAAACCUCUUGGGGGAAAAGGCGCGAGCAAUGGGGUGAAGCAGGGAAAAACUGCAAGGGUUGAAAAGGGGAUUCUGCAUGCCUUCGGAUCCGAGUUCCCGCUCUCUAAGACCAGGUGCGCGUGGUUUCGAACGCAGAGUGUGCUCCCGCAAACCACCGGAGGGCUCAGAAUUGUGAGAAGCAAAGGUGGAGAGGGAAAGAGGACGGAGAAUUGCUUUUCAAUAGACCGGUUAGCGGCCGCGCGUGGCGCCUGCUGCAGGAGGAGGGGGGACAGCGGGUGGUGCUGAAAGCAUAUCUCUUUCACUCAGGCUCUGUUGCCUCUCUUUGAACACCAGCCGGAGCCCUCCCGCUCUUUCCUCUCCCAUGGAUUUAUCUUUCCCCUCGGACACAAAGCCUGCUAGUUACCCCAAGGCGGCAGCGUGAGCGGCAUGCCAAGGAGGGAGCCCAGGCUGCAGCGACUUAGGGAAGAAAACCCAGGGCAGGCCCAUGAGUGCGAAGGCUGGCCGGUGGCCGGAGCCUAACCUGCAUUAGGACCUCUCGAGGGAAGCGACGGGUCCGCCUGGAGGGCUCUUUCACCUGUGCUCGAAUUUACAGCUGCCCUCAUUUCCCUUCAGAGCAGUUGCUGUGUGGAACGGAAAUUUAGGAGGGGAUAACAAGCGUCUUUGCUGAUUUAGACCUAAUCUUGACGCUGCCUUAGCUGGACAUCGAGUAGCCAGGCAGAUAGGUUCUCCAAUACUUUACUUUUCAAUAAGAAAUUGAUACAGAUCAGUGAGAAGGCAACUCCUUUCCACCUUCUUCUCCAUUCCCUACAUGGUAUUUUAUUGUUCUGAGUUUCUCAAGACAAAGCUAGAGCGAAUUUGUGUCUCUAAUGCUGGCCACUGGCCGUUUGAAGCAGCCAAAGGUGCGUUGACCGGGACUACGUGCAGCCCUUCCUCCAUUGGGGCAUAAGCCAGGGUUUUCUGUGGAAGCCCUAGUUGCAUGAGAUUCUACUGUCAGCUAUGGAGUGUUCAGGUUUUGAAGAUUAUGGUCAUAUGGAUCAUCUAGCUAAAUGGUACAUGGUGACACAAUGGUCCUUUAGAGAAUACAUCUGAAUUGGUGGCUAAUUUCUAGAUGUGCGACUCCACAUAGGACAUUGCUUGUUCACAUCUCUCAGAACACUCCUGAAUUUUCCCCACCAUGCUAUCUUUAUUAGCUUGAACUCCUUUCCUAAAAUGGUCCUUCUGUUGAUCCUGUCAGUCUUACUUUUGAAAGAAGAUGUCCGUGGGAGUGCACAGUCCAGUGAGAGGAGGGUGGUGGCUCACAUGCCAGGUGACAUCAUUAUCGGAGCUCUCUUUUCCGUUCAUCACCAGCCUACUGUGGACAAAGUUCAUGAGAGGAAGUGUGGGGCGGUCCGUGAACAGUAUGGCAUUCAGAGAGUGGAGGCCAUGCUGCACACCCUGGAAAGAAUCAAUUCAGACCCCACACUCUUGCCCAACAUCACACUGGGCUGUGAGAUAAGGGAUUCCUGCUGGCAUUCGGCUGUGGCCCUAGAGCAGAGCAUUGAGUUCAUAAGAGAUUCCCUCAUUUCUUCAGAAGAGGAAGAGGGCUUGGUACGCUGUGUGGAUGGCUCUUCCUCUUCCUUCCGCUCCAAGAAGCCCAUAGUAGGGGUCAUUGGGCCUGGCUCCAGUUCUGUAGCCAUUCAGGUCCAGAACUUGCUCCAGCUUUUCAACAUACCUCAGAUUGCUUACUCGGCAACCAGCAUGGAUCUGAGUGACAAGACUCUGUUCAAGUAUUUCAUGAGGGUUGUGCCUUCAGAUGCUCAGCAGGCAAGGGCCAUGGUGGACAUAGUGAAGAGGUACAACUGGACCUAUGUAUCAGCUGUGCACACAGAAGGCAACUAUGGAGAAAGUGGGAUGGAAGCCUUCAAAGAUAUGGCAGCAAAGGAAGGGAUUUGCAUUGCCCAUUCUUACAAAAUCUACAGCAAUGCAGGGGAGCAGAGCUUUGAUAAGCUGCUGAAGAAGCUCACAAGUCACUUGCCCAAGGCCCGGGUGGUGGCCUGCUUCUGUGAAGGCAUGACGGUGAGAGGUCUCCUUAUGGCCAUGAGACGCCUGGGUCUAGCUGGAGAAUUUCUGCUUCUGGGCAGGUAAGCGAUGAUGAGAAAAUUCACAUGGAGUUAAUACCAAGAAUUUGGCAGCAA